UGGGUUUUUGCGAACGGCGUCUACUACUUGAACUGGGAGGAGGAUGUAACUGAGAAAAUCCAUAGAUUUGGUCCGAUGAAUCUGAGGAUAAAAAACUUCUUCUCUAUCCUAAGAAACCAAGCAAAUCCCCCGCUUCGAUGCCAACAAUGCCGAACCCUAGUUAAAGACCUCAAGGUCCGAUUGAAAUGGGUGAAGAACAGGGGCCUCGACCACGUCAUCGACUACCACACCGACCUCAAGGCCGCUUCCCUCCUCAAGGACGCCAUUUCCCGCUCUUCCACUGGCUUCAUCACCUCCAAAACAAUCACCGACUGGAAGAAGCUCCUCGGCCUCACAAUUCCCACUCUCCGCUUCAUCCGCCGCUACCCAACUCUUUUCGAGGAAUUCCCUCACCCUAGGUACGCUGCCUUGCCCUGUUUUCGUCUAACUAAAAUCGCAUCCACACUUCACCAUCUCGAAAAAGAUUUGCAUAAAACUCACGAACUCGACAGCGUCCAAAGACUCGCCCGUCUUCUCAUGAUGACGAGAAACAAAAUGUUGUCUUUCCAUUCAAUUCAUUCCUUGAAAUGGGACUUGGGUUUACCUGAUGAUCUCGAUAAAACCCUGAUUAAGAACCACCCUGAUUAUUUCCGGUUCGUUGAAGGGCCGAAUGGAGAUUUAUGCGUAAAACUGCAACACUGGAAUGAAGAUUUCGCCAUUUCUGAAUUACAUAGGAGUGUCGAGAAUAGGGAAGAAGGAGAAGAAGAAGUGGGUGGUGGUGGUGGUGGGGAGUAUAGGCAAUUUAAGAGGGGACAAACAUCACUGUCAUUUCAGAUGAAUUUCCCCAGAGGUUAUGGUGCACAGAAGAAAGUUAAGGCAUGGAUGGAGGAAUUUCAGAGAUUACCAUACAUUUCACCAUAUGAAGACUCCAGCAGGCUUGACCCAAACAGUGAAAUAAUGGAGAAGAGAGUUGUUGGUGUCUUACAUGAGCUUUUGAGCUUGACUAUACACAAGAAGACUAAGAGGAACUACUUGAGAAGUUUGAGACAAGAGCUAAAUCUCCCUGAAAAGUUCACUCGCAUAUUUACAAGGUACCCUGGAAUAUUCUACCUUUCGCUUAAAUGUAAGACGACAACUGUGGCCUUAAAAGAGGGGUACAGGCGUGGAAGAUUGGUAAAUCCGCACCCACUUGUUCGAUUAAGAGAUAAGUUCUAUUAUGUUAUGAGAACUGGACUCGUUUAUCGCCAUAAAGGGUUGGACAUGAUACCCGAGCUUGAAAAAGUGGUUCAUGACCAGAUAGAUGAAGAGCCUGAAUUGGAAGAAUCUGAGGAGGAAGAGUAUGAAAUUGAGAACGGGAGCUACGGAGAAGAAACUUCUGAUUCUGAUUAACUUUUAAUUCUCAAAGAAGAAAGAAUAUCUGCUUCUAUGCCAGUAAAGAAAAAAAAAUGAAAGAAUGGAGAUUGAUGAAACAAACUCUCACCCAAAAGAAAUCACAACCAAAAGCCUUACUUUACAUGAUGAUGAUGAACAGUUCAGAUUUGCUCUUGGGCUAAAUGAAGAUAAUCCAAGUUGGGACUGCUUAGACAGUUGGGCUUAGCCUGAUUAGAAUGGAUAAAGUGAUUCAUGUACUAUUUUAGUUUAUGCAGUUUUGAGUGUGUUGCACUUUCUCUCCGAAUCUUCCAUUAUUCUCGUCUCAAUCUUUUGUUUAACACCCUUGAGGCUAUGUCUCUGGUUUUCGUUCAAUUGGAAUUAGAAUUGUUCAUUUCCAAUUUUGUUGUUAGCUUGAUGGAAUUGAAAUACAAUUACAAUGAAAUAAAUUUUAUAUUAUUGCAAGUAAUUUUUGUUUUUUUGUCUGUA